AUGAUUCGAACUUCUGUAUUGCCGGAAGAGCUCCUGCUCAAUAUCCUCGAGGAUUUGAGGGGCGACUCUCGCACGCUCGCCAGCGUAUGCCGAGCGUCCAAAACACUCAAUCGGAUCGCAAUACCGCUGCUAUAUCAUACGAUUAGCUUGCAUGGACUAAGGACAAAGGGUGCCAUUGCCCUCCUUAUUCGUACCUUUUACGAGCAUCCAUCGCUUACGGAGCACUUGAGGAUUUUCUCCCUCACUGUAUUUAGGUAUGACUACGACGAUGGCGGGUACCCUUCGAUGAUCGACGAACUCGGUCACCUCGACGACUUCGGCCACAUCGACGAACUCGAAUACUUCAAGAAACUGUGUCUGGAUUCAAUGAAUCGCUUUGUCACUGAUUCCGACUAUCUCGAGAUGAUCUCCGAUGACCGUAGACCCUCUAAACGCUGGCUCAUCACUCACGAGCUUAGAGGCUCUGAGCGCUGGAGAGAUCAGGCGCUCCUCGCGGGCCUGUUACUCCUUUUCCUAGGCGACAGGACAAUUGAUGUAACCGUUGCAGCCUACGAGAAUCCUAGCGCCUGUGAUGUGACGACAUCGAUCUUCGGAUGUCUUUAUGAUUUAGAGCCACGCAAUCCAUACAACGCUCUAUACGACAUUACAGUUCGGCCAGCCCUCCAUCACUGGGCCCGCAACGUUGAGCGGUUAAACCUGCUAAGCACUACGUUGCCGCUUCUAGGCUCUGGUUUCGAUCGACUGAAGACUCUGGAGGUGAAAUCCGUCCUCGAAUGGGUCAUCGAAGAUGAACCGCGCUUCGGCAAUGACCUGCGCCUCAACGGCAUGGUCCUAUGCGACGCCGACUUACCGUUUAGGCACCUCAAUACCCUUAUACUCCACAGCCACUGGUCUGAGCUCGAUGACUUGUGUUUAUUGCCAGUGCUGCUCGAAAAACUGGGCUGGCCCCGAUUAGCUAACAUAGCGCUCUACCUGGACCAUGGCCCUCGCAAACGGACCGAGCCGAUACGUCGUGAUCCAGGCUUUGACGUUGCCGUUCGCAACAUGGAUAGCGUAGCCGACACCUUGGAGGACCUGACCAUCCAAGUAAAUAAGGCUAGUGUGGAAGAGGGAUGGUUCGACAUUGCUUCCCUGGGGCGCUUCCUUGCCAUCCAAACGCUCUCCCGCUUCACACGACUACGUAAGCUUACGGUUCCUCGAGAAGCUAUCGUGCACUAUGAUAACGGUGUACCGAGUCUUGGAAACUCAAAUAUCGCAUUAACCUUGCCUCCAUCACUUCAAGAGAUCACAAUUUCGCAUCCGGACGAAGAGGUCUUGACUUGGCUUGGGGACCUCUGCGGGGUAAGGGAGCUGGGCUACCUCGAAAAUCUUAGCAAGAUUACCUUGGCAUGUGGAUCGGGCUGGGGCAAGCCAGCUGCUUGGUUCGAACAAUCGCAUCAUGUUCUGGAGAAUCUCCGAGCGGAAGGGAUUGCUGUGGAGACAGUCACCUGGUGA